UCAGGAGCCCCCGGGCUGCUCCGCCCCCUGGCAGCCCCAGCUAGGCUGGGGGCGGGGGAUGAGCUCAGCUCCCCGACGGGAUAAAACUUGCUGCAGCUGCUGGAGCGAAGCAGACGAAACGCGAGAGCAGAGUCGAGCGGUGCCAGCCCCGAUCCCCCAGCGCCCCGGAGAGGAGAACCCCGAUCCCCAGCGCUGAGCCCUGUCUCGCUGGAGACCAGAGUCCUGUGGCCCCAGUGACCUGACGCCGGUCCCCAUCCAGCUAGAGGCAGCGGCGGGAACCAUGACCAUCCUCCUGGGACUCUCAGCUCCAGUCCUCAUGGCUGCUUGCCUCCUGAUCCUGUGCCCAGAGGGAGCUCCGACGAGCAUGGGAGGCUCCCUACCCCUUCCCCCGAAGGGCCAGAGCCACUGGCCCUGGCUCCAUGCCCAGGAGAGCAGCCCCUUUGCCUCCUCCACCCCCCAGCACGACUUGGGGACAGACUAUUACAGCUAUGAGGACCCCUCCACCCCGGAUACCCCAGAGAUGCCUGGCUCCCAGAACCCAUCCCAUCAGCCUUGUGUCUACCACCAUUGCCGCCACCUGCAGACAGCCUGUGCAGAGUUGAGCAAGGAUACUGGUUGCCUGUGCCCUGGGGUGACUGGCCCAGAUGUGCCCCCGGAGCCACCCCAGCUGAGGGCAGUGCAUGUCACUGAGUCUGGGGCCAGCCUGCAUUGGUGUGCCCCCUCCUCCACAGUGUGGGAGUACCGACUGAUAUACCAGGCUGAUGGGGGCCACACCAUUGCUGGCCCCAUCUUCAACAGCACUUUCCGGAUGGCAGUGCUUGGGGGGCUGCACCCCAGCACCUCCUACCUGGUAUGUGUCAUGGCAGCCAACCAGGCUGGUGCCAGCCCCACUGAUGAUGGGAGUCGGGCCCAUGGACCGUGCCGCACCAUCCGCACCCUGGCCCCCCAACUUCCCUACGCAUAUGUGGCAGCAGGACUGGCGGCCAUGUUCGGCCUGGUGGUGGUGUCCGCGCUGACCUGGCACUUUGCCCUGCGCUCGAGGAGACGGCAGUUCCACGGCUCCCAGGACAACAUCCUGGAUGGGGAGGUGGGGCCAAGUGGGGUGGCCAAUGGCUUAUACAGGGGCGAGGAGCAGCUAUAGGGGCACCUGAACCCUCCAGCACCCAGACACAUACACUGCUGGCCUGGAUCGGAGUCAGCCCCCAUGGACUGUCCAGUGCAGUGGGGACCAGGGCUGGCGGAGAAGUGGAGUUAGCGGGGGACAGCACCUGACCGAGCCAGAACAUGAUGCCCUCCCCCACUCCACAUGGGGUGAGGCCACUCAGGUCCUGAUGCCCCCCCCCAUUUAUUUAUUUAGUUAUUUAUUUAUUUAUAUAGUGAAAGGUGGGGGGUCCUGAAGCAUCAAGGGCUGUGGGGAGGCCCCAAGGGGUGGGGGAGGGGCAGAGGGACCUAUAGGCAGAGGCCCUUGACAACCAGUAUGAAUCAUUCUGAGUAAUGAGCCCAUCCCGCACCAGACCACCUGUGUUGGCUCCAGUGGGUGGGGGAGUUGCCUGGGGCUCCCCCUGCUUGUUGUGGGGGGAGGUCACCCCAGUUGCUGUUGCAUGUCUGGCCUCGGGGCUGCACCCUGGGACCACCUUGCCCCCGCAUAGCUGGGAUGGCGCGGUGGGGGGAGGAGCCAUGGCAGAGGGCUGGUCGCCGAGAUGGGGAGGCUGGGGGUGUUCUGUGCUGCUGGCAAUGUGAACUUGUUUGUGUUGAAUAAAGCCCAGAAACAAUGUCCUGGC